AGUGAGCGUGGAGGCGCGGGCGCGCGGCGGAGCUCGAGCUGCUGCAGCUGCUGCCGCCGCCGCAGGAACCUCGAUCCCCGCGCUCCGGACACCCCGUGCCUCGCCAUGGCUGACCAGCUGACUGAAGAGCAGAUCGCAGAGUUCAAGGAGGCCUUCUCCCUCUUUGACAAGGACGGAGAUGGCACCAUUACCACCAAGGAGUUGGGGACCGUGAUGAGAUCACUGGGACAGAACCCCACCGAGGCCGAGCUGCAGGACAUGAUCAAUGAGGUGGAUGCUGACGGGAAUGGGACCAUUGACUUCCCAGAGUUCCUGACCAUGAUGGCCAGAAAGAUGAAGGAUACAGACAACGAGGAGGAGAUCCGAGAGGCGUUCCGUGUCUUUGACAAGGACGGGAAUGGCUAUAUCAGUGCUGCUGAGCUGCGCCACGUCAUGACGAACCUGGGGGAGAAACUGACUGAUGAAGAGGUGGACGAGAUGAUCCGAGAAGCAGACAUUGAUGGCGACGGCCAGGUCAAUUAUGAAGAGUUUGUACAGAUGAUGACCGCAAAGUGAAGGCCCGGGCAGCUGGUGAUGCCUGUUCUCCUGAUCUCUCCUCGCGCGCGCUCUCCUCUCUUCAACACUCCCUGCGUACCCCGGUUCUAGCAAACACCAAUUGAUUGACUGAGAAUCUGAUAAAGCAACAAAAGAUUGUCCCAAGCUGCAUGACUGCUCUUUCUCCCCCUUCCUGCCUCUCCCUCCACACCCUCAUCGCUUCCUUUUGCCUCCCAACUUCCAUUCACACCUUCCAGGCCUGAUGCAUUCAUAACAUGAAACCUACUCCUCUGGGAGGCCUCUGCCCUCCUCCCCCAGCCCGGGUGGCUCUCCCCCCGUUUCAGUUUGUUUCCUUUUGUUUGUCCUUUGGGUGCUGGGGUGGCUGCCAGCCCUGUCCUGGACCUGUGGGGAGGGGAGCAAGCCCUCGCCCGGGCAGAGGAGCAUGCCCUCCGCCGUUGCAUGCAACCAGCCCCGUGAUUCCAUGUGCAAACCCAGCAGCCUGUGGGGUGGGGUGCCAGGGAGGACGUUCAGGAAAGACUGACAGUCAAGGAAGUGUGGCAGUGACUGGAUGUGGCCCAGGAGGGGAGCAAGGGGCAGGAAAAACUUGGAAGCUGGCAUGCUUGUCACUUGAGGGGACACACAGAGCAGAACUCCAGUCCUACUGGCCCUGCUCUGAAACCAUCUGGCUGGCUUUCCAAGGCCGGGCACAGUGGAGGUGGGGGCUCUCAUUGGCCACCUCUGCCGCUCGUGCUUGCCCGUGUCUCUCCAGUGAUCUCUGCUGUUCUGUAAAUACCUGGUGCUAACAUCCCAUGCCGCUCCCCAAGGCCCGGCCGGCUGGCCACCCAGCCUAGGGCUGUCUAGGAACGGAUAUGGGAAUGGUCGCCAUGUAAUGUGCUGGUGAUCCUUUUUCCCCCACCCUUUAUGCCCCUCAAAACUUUUCAUUUUGUCCCAAACAUGCCGGGCCAGCUGACGGGUGGGGAGAGGGGAGACAGACCCCACCACACUCACGAGAACCAACCUGCAAUAAACACUCGUGUGGGCCACCGCGCAGAGGGCACCUGUUGCCUCUCUGGUGACUUGGCACCACUUCCUCCCCUCGCGCUGCCUCUGCCCUCACCCUGGCUGCCCCAUUACCCAGCGGAGAGCAUGAUCCGCGCCCUCGCUUCUGCUGACUCGCCUCUGGGACAUGUCGGUCAGUCAACGUGGGCAGUUCAGUCUGGGUCCGCUUCCUCUCUCUGUUUUCAUCCGGCCCCCCAGGUUGAUAAGAGGCUUUUCCUGGGACCUGCCCAGCUUUGAGACUCUUCUCCACCCCCUGGCACCAGCCUCAAGGGAGGUAGGGACAGGUCAAAGUGGGAGACCCAGCCAAGAGCUGAGGGCAAGGGCAGGUAGGCGUGAGGCUGUGGAUGUUGCAGAAUGUUUUGUUUUUGUUUUUUGUUUUAUUUUGUUUUUUAAACCGGGCAAUAUUGUGUUCAGUUCAAGCUGUGAAGAAAAAUAUAUAUCAAUGUUUUCCAAUAAAAUACAGUGACUACCUG